UGCUUGGUUUGCAUACCCCUUUUCACACGCUCCACCUACUCAUAUUUUCCUGACAUGUCUGCUGUCAUCUCUCCUUUCUACUCUCAAGGAUGAAUGAAUGGUGGAUUCUUGUGGGUCUGCUGACCGUGCCACUGAUUGCUGUUUACCUGAAUAUACCUCCUCCUGUUCCCUCCACUGAACUUUAUUCUUGGAUGUCAUCAGGAUCUUUCUUCACAUUCAAAAAUUACAAUAUAUUUUACAGAGAUUCCUGGGGAGCUGUCGGAAGUUCUAAUGUUGUUAUUCUUUUACACGGCUUUCCAACUUCCAGCUAUGACUGGUACAAGGUUUGGGAAAGCCUUACACAACAUUUUCAACGAGUGAUAGCUCUGGAUUUUCUAGGAUUUGGCUUCAGUGAUAAACCUAGACCCCAUCACUAUUCAGUGUUUGAGCAGGCAAGCAUUGUGGAAAGUCUAGCAGUUCAUCUGGGUCUGAUGGAUCAGAAGGUCAAUAUCCUUUCGCAUGACUAUGGUGACACAGUGGCACAGGAAUUACUCUACAGAUAUGAACAAAACAGAACUGGACACCUAAUGAUCAACAGCCUCUGUUUGUCAAAUGGCGGUAUUUUCCCAGAGGCACACUACCCACGCGUGAUUCAGAAGGUCCUUAAAGAUGCUGGCUUGCUUGCUUCAGUUCUUACCAGAUUUAUGAACUAUUUCUUUUUCUCCAGAGGAAUCCGUGAAGUGUUUGGGCCUUACACACAGCCUACUGAAGCAGAAUCCUGGGACAUGUGGACAGGUAUUCGAGUAAAUGAUGGAAACCUAGUAAUGGACAGUAUUUUGCAGUAUAUAAACCAAAGGCAGAAGUACAGAGACCGAUGGGUAGGGGCACUGGCAGCUGCUUCUAUUCCAUUGCACUUUAUCUAUGGUCCACUUGAUCCAGUGAAUCCACAUCCCGUGUUUCUUAAACUUUACAGGAAGUUGAUCCCCAGGUCCACUGUGUCUGUUUUAGAUGAUCACAUCAGCCACUAUCCACAGAUGGAGGAUCCCACAGUUUUUUUCAAUGCCUACUUAACCUUUAUGAACUCCUUUUGAAGUCAAUGGCUCUACGCUAUCUACUUUUUUUUUUUUUUGCAAUAAAGCAAUACACUUUAUUAUAAAUGCAGAAGUAUGGCCAAACCCUAAGAACAAUGGCAGUUACUCUGACAACAGCUGCAUCACCAUUUGACAGCUGCAACCAAAAGUAGGAGACGAAAACAUGACUGAUUUGUUUUUUUAUAGUUUCAUCAAAUGUUGUAAAUUGGAUGAAAGGAAGACAGUUACAUCAAGGGGAUGUCUACUUUAAAUGUCACUUCAUCUCUGAUAAGUGUAAGCAGAAGCGGGAGGUAAAAAAGAAAACUAGAUAAAAGCGAUUUGAACGCUGUUGUGUCAGGCAACAGCCUACUGCUUUAAAUGUUGUUAUGCAAGUUUGCAACUAGUGUGAAGCAGCUGUGUUAUGAAAAUCUUAGAGAUGGUUAAAGGAAUAAGAACAGCAUAUUCUCUCACAUUAGACAAACUCAAGUGUCUCCUACCCCUGGGCUUUCACCCAAGCUCGGGACAAAAACUGUCCAUGGGCAGCUAUCAUUCACAUGGCCAGGAGGAUUCAUUUAUUUCUUUGCCAGCAUCCCAGCAGUGUGGGCUUUUGUGAUGUCCUAACACCAUACUCUAGGUAGGAGGACUGGUCAUCCUCAUCAGCUCACAAUGCAUUUCCAUGUGAGUGCCUACUUCUGCACACCCUCUCUGAAAGCUAGCAUCCAUUCUUGGCUCGGUGAUGCCUGUCCUAUGCCACAUGUCUGUAUCCCUGCCCAGCUUUGGAAGAGGACAUCUGCAUUAUGUGGCUGUAUCUGCCCUGCCUGCACCUGAGCUAGUAAUUGAACGAGUGUCACCGAGGCUGUAGUCAGGGCUUUGCCCCUGUAUGUCACAGGUGCUGAGUAAGAUCACAUGAAACCUGAUUGAUAAACUUUGCAGCAUGAGUACAAUUAUUUAAAAUUUGGAGCAAAUGGUAUAUGAGAUGGCAAAAAACGGCAUUAGUACUAAUGAUUUCUGAUAAUUUCCUUGGAGUUUUUAGUAAAAUGGAUAUAUGUGUUCAGAAAAAGAUAUGAGAAGCAAUAUAAAAUGAUAAUCCUAUUGUGAUAGCUGCAUAUGUGUCUGUAAAGCAGGAGUUUCAAAAACAUUUAAUGUCUGUGACGCACUGUCAGAACUUUUCAGAUAUCUGUAUUCCCAAGACUUUUUGGUUUUGGAAAAUAAAAUGCAAUACCCUAACCCAUGCAAUGAUUGUAUUUACAGAGGUGAUGUAUGCAAGAGAUCAUGUCAUAGGUUCAUAUGGGUUUACUAGGCUAAUGACCACAAGGGCCUUUUUAAGCCUGGCUAUGCAUCCCAGUCUCUGACAAGUUGUGAUACCCUUGAUAAGUGUAAGCAGGGGCCUGGUAGAUGAACCAUUUACAGGUUGCUUGUCUUAAAUGACGUGUCACUCACAGUUUGAAAGUCUUCCUACAGUGCUGGCAACUAGUUAAUCAUUAUACUGGCAGCUAGUUAAUCAUUAUAGUCUGACCUAUUGUGUCAUACAUCAGUAUAAAGUAAGACCAACAAAAAUGGAAGCCCUCUAGACUUACUAUUUAAUUGUCUGUUCUCUGUAAAAUAUCAGUACCAAAUACAUUUGAUGAUGUAUGUUAAAGACAGUACAUGCAGUUUUGAAAAUGUAAAGAAAAACAAACUAAAGAUAUUUUUGUGCAGAAA